UUUCUACUCAGUUAGCAAAUGGCGUCUGGGUGGAAAUGUACGUAAAUUUUUCUUUAACGCGAUGAAUGAAAAGUUUCGUAGUUAUUUUGUCAUGUUAAAUUUUGGUAAAACGAUGCAUCAGAUCAGCAAGAUACUUUUAUAACUGAAUAACGGACGCAUUGGGUCUCACAACGACGCCAUAAACGGUGUAAAUCACCGAAGCAGAUAUUUCUUUUUCCAACAAAUCCUCAAAGCAAACACAAUGAAUGAAGAGGUAGAGUUAAAAGUUCAAGAAGAUCGGCAGAUGUGGCCCCCGAUGGAUAAUGUGCCGAUAUCGAAUAUUGUCCCAACACACACAAAUAUUGCCAUAUCACCAGCACCCCAAGGGGCCCCGAUAAAUCCAAACAAUUUCGUUGAGUAUGAAUUACCUUUUGAAUAUGUCCAACAAGGUUGGAAAAAAUUUUGGUCUAAACGAGAAAAUCGACCCUACUUUUGGAAUAAAUUAACUGGGGAAAGUUUAUGGGAAAUGCCCCCUUUAAAUAAGCCCCAAUUUGAUCCAAUUACGGAUCCUUUAGGGAUUUGUCCACCGGUUGGUGCACAUCCCGUUGCGAUGCAAAGCCCUAUUCCUGUUGCUAAACGACGACCUUCCGAAGAAUUAGUAGGACCACAAGCAAAAAAGUUUGUGUUAGCCGGACCGUGGGAUUUAGAUGUACAGACUAAUGUUGUGAUAAUUGAGAGACCUCCUUGUAAUUAUAUGCAUUCACAUCCCGAAGUUGAAGCUUACAGGUGCAGUUUACUUUCAAAGUUGAGACAGUGUUAUCAGGAACUAUGUCAUUCGAGGCAAUCUAUUGAUGCACCAAAAGAAUCUUUUAAUAGGUGGCUAAUGGAAAGAAAAGUAUUGGAUACCGGUUGUGAUCCUUUAUUGCCAAGUAAUUGUUAUCCAGAGAUAUCAAUGUCAAUGUACAAAGAGAUAAUGAACGACAUCCCUAUUAAAUUAGUAAGACCGAAAUUUACUGGAGACGCGCGAAAACAACUAUCAAGAUACGCAGAAGCAGCUAAAUCAAUCAUGGAAUCUCGAAAUGCAGAAGCAGAAAGUAGAAAAGUGGUAAAAUGGAAUGUUGAUGAAACGUUUCAAUGGUUGAGGCGGACAGUUGGUGCUACAUAUGAUGAUUUUCAAGACAGGUUGGCACAUUUAAAACAACAAUGUCAACCACAUCUAACAGAAACGGUAAAGGUUUCAGUUGAAGGGAUUUGUUUGAAAAUUUAUAAUUUAUCAGCUGAGUAUGCAAGAAAAGUGCGAGAAAAAUCAAAUAUUAUUUUAAAGGAACAUGGAUUAGAAUUGCCCCCAGUCUUGCCAAAUAAUAGCACAAGGAAAGUUUGGUGUUAUCCCAUUCAAUUUCAAAUUGGAUGUACCAGGUUACCUGUAAUUGAGUAUUUACCAGACAGAGAUCAAGCCAUGUUAAGAUUUCAAGGGGAUACAUUGGUUAUUAAUGCAACUCACCUACAAAAAAUGGAACAUUUAUAUCGACACAGUUGUUUCGACGACAGAAAAUUCGAAUUAUUCAUCCCGAGAGUUUGGGUCGUCUUGAAACGUUACGCAACAUUUCUUGGUGUAAAUCCAUCAUCAGCGGUCGCAAGCAACGACGUUCACGACACCCAAGCAUCCCUUCCGGUUACCGUUUUCGAAUGUUUGCACCGGAUGUUCGCCGUUUCUUUCGAAUGUUUCGCUUCACCUUUAAACUGUUAUUUUAAACAGUAUUGUUCGGCGUUUGCCGAUUGUGACUCUUAUUUCGGAAGUAGAGGACUCUUUUUGCAUUUAAAAGCAGUUUCCGGUUCGUUUGAAGCGCACCCACCUUAUUGUGAGGAAUUAUUAGAAGCCACCAUCGAUCAUAUGGAACGGUUAUUGUCGGAGAGUCAUGAACCACUUAGUUUUGUUAUUAUUCUUCCGGAUUAUAGAGAACCCACACCUACAGGGCUUCAAAGAGCGGAGGAGAGUCAGUUUAAAAGGAAACAAGUUACUAUACCAGCUUAUGAACAUGAAUUUAGGCAUGGUUUACAACAUGUUCUGAAUAGAUCUGAAUUAAAUAUAAGAUCAACUCAUGGAACUGUAAUAAUCUGGUUACAAAAUCAAGCCGGUUUUAGUCGAUGGGGUCCAACUGAAGAUAGAGUUGAAGCGUUGUUAGAGGCUUUUAGGCCGGGGAGAGAAAGGGAACGUGACCGACAAGAAUUGCUUAGUCCAACGCGGCAAGGUUCAACAUCGGAUAAUAAGGACGUUUUAGUGCAUUAGCUUUCAAUGUAUUUUAAUUUUUAUUACUUUUAAUUUAACAGUAAUUUUUUGGCUACAUCUUAAAUUUUGCUAUUGCUCAUUGAAGCGUUUAAUUUUUACUUUUUUUUAUGCUACAUGCUAACGUCCUUUACACAUCACCCUCUUUUUAUACAUAUUUUUUUAUUUUUUAUGACGUACCUGAAUUCUUUUCUCGAGAAUCGAAGUUUGCAAAGGUUUUAUGAUGAAAUAUCGGGAUUGCUGUGCAAAGCCUAUAUUUGCAAUUUAGACGUAUUUUAAUUAUUAUUUAUAUUAACGAAAAAAAAAAUUAAAUAAAUCGAGAAGUUAUCAUUUGUACAUAGUCAUAGUCUAUAUAUAUGUAUACAAAGAAAGAGAAAUUUUAUUUAGGAAAUUCUAUAUUUAAGAAAAAGAUUGUAAUAUAGCUUUUGUUAGUAACUUUUAUUUUAUACUAAUAAUGUAGAUUUUUACUGUUAUGAAUAUAGGUUUUUCUCCUGAUGUUACAAUAUAUAUUAUUUAUUAAUAUAUUUGUAAACAGCUAAUAAAAAGAAUCAUUUCACAUA